UCGUUGUCGUGACUCGUAACCUAACGGCACGAUAAAAAGCGAAUAAUCGUACAACUCGUGGGAUAAUAAUAUUAUUUCGAACGUAGAUUGACGAUUUUCGGUUUGCGAUUAUUCUACUCAGUAAUAAUAUUACGUUGUAUCGAUCCGUUUUGUAAAUUUUAACUCGUUUCCCGCGCUCACACUCAAGCGCGACACGUCCGUACCGGUUCGACUAUCGGGGUUGUGGCAGCUCUGUAAGAAUACACCACGAAAAUUUGUUGUAUCACGGCGGUUCGCUCCAAUUCCGAACUUCCGAUUCCGACGGCGUACAAGCCAUCCGCACCGUUCGUCCGGCAUUCAUCGAUCGCCACUUUCGAACACGCCGUCCAAAUUGGCUUCUGUUCUCAGUUGUCCUUGUUGUUGAAAGGAUUCGUGUUGAUUAAAACUCGCUUGACAGGCGACAUUUGUCCGGCCGUUAUUACUUUUCAGUUUCUCAGCCAGCCACGCCGCGUGUUAUUGCAGUCCCGUUCAGAGACCAUCUAGCCGUCAGCCAAGUCCCUCGUGUUCGCGGUGAACCGACUACGAUCGAUUUUUCGUCUUGGAAGUUAAGUGCGCACUCCGCUCCGUCGAACUUCCCACUCGAUACUUCAUCACCAAUUAUCAUGGGGCCAAAGAGGAAAGCCGCUCAGAAGCCAGCUAAAUCAACCGUCGAAGAUGUGCCGCCAGUCAUCAUUGAGGAGGAGGAUAUGGCGCACAUCACUGUCAGACGGCCCGUUAUAAAAGAUGUUAUGGUUGAAGAUGAUGUGAUUCAAAGGGAUGAAAUAGAUGUUAAGACAUCUAUUACAGAAAAUAAUACAGAUAUGAAUGUUACAGUGGUUUUAGAAGAAAUCCCUGAUUUUCAGCAAAAAGCAACUGAGUCUGAAUCUGAAUUGGAUGUUGUUAUAGAUGAAGUUGAAUCAAUUAAAAAACCUGUUCAAAAGAAGAAAACUAAAUCAAAACUUAAAUCUAAAAAACAAACAGUUGAAGAAGAUUCAAGAGCUGUAAGAACUAGGAAAAGGGCUGUUAGUGAAGAUAGGCAGACAUUAAAGGUAGAAGAAAAAGUCAUAAGCAAAAGCCGUAAAAGACCAGUUGAUAAAAAUUUACCAGAAUCUCAAAAAUCUGUUUCUCCAUUAAACGAACUACCGAAACGAAAUCGGAGAGCCGCUAGUGUGGACAUAAUAACAUCUGAAAUUUCAAGUUAUCCAGUAGAAAAAAUACCAAAAAAAAAUAAAGCCACUGGUAAAUCAACAAAAGCUGCUAUUGUUUCGGAAGAUAAUGUACUAAAAAAGUCAAAAAAAGGAAUGAAAAAAGAAGAUCAACCUGUAGUAAUAGAAACAAAAGAUGAUGAUACAAAGAUCGUAGAAAAAAAUUCUAAGGGGAAAAAGAAUACUAAAAAAGUAUUAAGUGAUGAAAAAGAAAAUGUUGUUACAACAGAAGAAGAUGUUGUUAUAGCAGAAGAAAAUGAUGUUGAAUUGGUUUUAAAUGGUAUUCAAGAAAAACCAAAAUCUAAACGAGGCAUUAGAAAGGCCAAAAUAGAUGAACUUGGUCAAGAUGAAGAAGAUAAGGUAGAAAAGUUACCUAAACCUUCAAGUAGAAGCCGAGCAGCCCCAAAAGUGAUAGCUAAACAAAAUAGUGAAAAAGAUAUAGAAAAAACACUAAAAAAUUUACCCAAGACUAAAAAAAAUAUCAAGUCACCAGAAAAAUCCGAAGAGUCCAGUGAAAUAAAUGAGUCUGAUGAUUCUAAUAAAACUCCAGAAACAAAGCCCAAACGUGAGCGCAAAUUUAAACAAACUGAUGUUGAGAAAAAGGAUGACAAUGUUAAAGAAGUUAAAGCACCUAAACGGGGUGGUCGUAAAGCCAAAGUUGAGGACUUGGAUGAAGAAGUACUGCAGAAAAGUCCGCCUGCUGAGCAAGAGAUAAACCUCGAAUCUGAAGAUAUUGCUGAUGAUCUUCCACACACUCCGGAGUCUGCUAAAAAAGAAAUCAAAACCAUUGCAAAGCGUAAAACAAAAGCAAAGUCUAAAAAAUAAUUAUUUAUAAUAGAGAAACUAUUUACAAAGUGUUCAUUAAAUAUUGAAAGGUUUUUAUUUAUUUUUUUUUUUUUUUUAAAGAUUACAUUUUUAAUAUCAUUUAAUAUGUUUACAUUUGAGUAUAAGAUUACAUAACAUAUUUAUUAUUUACAA